GCGCAAGCGCUUUUUAGUAUCUUUAUCGCUAAUUAAUACUUAUAAAUUGACAAUUUUAGGUUAUAAGUGAAAGAAUGGAGGUAGAUAGUGAGUGGAAAACGGACGAUAAAUCGCCGUUUAAGAAGAUUGUGUUUGACACAGCUCCAAUUAAUUCCAGCAAUGGAUUAGACACAGUGCAAUGUUUUUAUUGUAGCAUCGUUUCGGAAAAAGCGAAUUUUUACGACUGGAUUGGCGAUCAAUCCAUGUCUAAGAAUCACAAGUGUGCGUGUGAACAAGUGAGUGCUGUCAAAAUAUUUAUUCGCAGUGAACUAGAAAGCAUCUCAGAUGGUUCCGUUAAACUCAAUACAAAGUAUGUGCAUUACCUCGCAAAUGCGAACAAGCUCAAACAAGGCAAAGGCCCGCUGUGUGAAUGCUCAGGACCGUUGUUCGUUCAAGUGAUCGCACAAAACGAAUUCAUUAUUCGCGAAAGAAUAAUAUGUACAUACUGCAAGAAGAUGAGCCGCGUUGAAUUCAGAUGCGACACCAUCAAACCUAUGGCAAAAAAGCAAGUCGAGGGACCGUGGACGCCGGCUGCUAGAAUAAGUCAUACAAAAGAGCAAUCCGCAAAAGAUAAUGUUAUGAAAUAUAAUUAAUCUAGAGGCAUUAAAACCGUGGCGUCGCGGGACGCGAACCAAGCAUCACGUGAUAACAUAAUUCCCAACUGGGGUUCACAAAGCGCGGGAAUUCAACCGCAGCCAAAACCAAACCAAGAACACCGACCACGAGUAGAACCGAAGCCGACCGCUAUACUAACAAGUAACAUGUUUUCGCCGCUUGCUUUUGAUGAGGAAGAACGAGAUAGGGAAUCUGACGAUACCGUCUCAGUAUUGAGGGCACCAAGCAACGACGUGUUCAUAAGACACGGGCGGCAUCUAUUGGCGUCUCACCAGCGUAUCUCCCUUUUGACAACACGGGACAAAGCAGUGCUACAAAUGGAUCAAAUAAAAAUUUAACGAAGGAUACAAGAACAAAGCGAUAUCCUCCAUUUAUAUGUGAAUAUGACGCAUGGAUCUCGGAUAAAAACGAGUGGAAGGCGGCUAAUGAAAUUGCUCGAGUGAGUAAUUGUGAAAUACGCGCUAAUCCAAAGAGCAAGAAAAUAACAUUUAUUCCAAAAAGCAAGGAAGCUUAUGAAGCCAUACAGAGACGACUAAAUGAAAACCCAGAAAAAUAUAAUUACUACACAUACGGAUGAAAAGACGAUCAUCGCCCGGCAAAGAAACUAAUAGCUAAAGGGGUCCGCGCCGAAGGUUACACAGAGGAAGAAAUCAAAGCCGAUAUUCUUGCGAGAUAUGGAAUCAAGAUGGAACGGUUAAUUAUUAUGAAAAAUUCAGCGUUGAUUCUCAUCUUCCCAGGUGAAACUGACAUGCGAGUAGCCCGCGAUAUAAAGUUUAUCUUAAGUCAGCGUGCUACAAUCGAGAAAUACAAGGUACGAGACACCGCGGUGACACAAUGCAAGCGGUGCUGGCAAUUUGGUCAUGUGCAAUCUCACUGCCGGCGUCCAGAGCAACCAGACUCUGUUGAGCAACGCGAAGAUGGAGAUGUUUGGCAUGUGUGCUACAACUGUCACGAAAUUGGUCAUACAGCAAGACAGGCAAAGUGCCCGCUAUUCCAGUUAGAAAUAAAAAAACAGAAAAACAGGCGACAGGCUUUCGUCAAUAAUGAAGGACUUACACAAAAGCCCACAAACCGUAUGAUAGAAGCUUCGAAUAUAAAAGCAGCCGCAGCCACACGGGUCGACAGAACCAGCUAUGCAGCAGCAGUAGGUGCCUCAAGUAGCACUAAAACCACACGCAAGCCCCCUGAGAAUGAAUCCAUGGCGAAGGCGUUACCUGACUACUUAAAGAGUUGAUGAAAAGUCUGCAGGCAAAAGGCUAUCCCGCAGAAACAAUUUUGGAUUUUGUAAUUGAGCUUAUCAAUGGAUAAUUUGCCAAAUACGCUCAGAAGAAGAAAACAGUGUGUGAGAAUCGUACACUGUAACAUUCAAGGACUUCGCAACAAACACAUCGAGCUCAAGCAACUGGCAGUCAAACAACGGCCGGAUAUUAUAAUAGUAAACGAGUGUAAAGUAGAUUUUACAAAGUGUAAAUAUAACAUUCCAGGUUUUAACUAAAUUUACGAUACUAGGGCAACUCAUCUUGUCACUGCAAUGUACAUAAAGGAAGGUCUUCGCUGGAAUCUAACGACUGUGAUCCCAGGCGUGGAUGACGUUGAUCGUCGUAUUGAGGGAGUAGCGAUCGGAUUGAGAGAGAUUUAAAUUUGAGAAUGCAACAGCUUGGACAUUCUCAAACACAAGCCGCAGGUGCGCUGGUGCAGCGGGCCAUUGGCAACAGAGAGGCAAAAUUGGUGCAUACUGGCUUACCAUCUCGACCCUGCCAUCAAGGAAACGGAAUACUCGAUAUCGCACUGGUGACACAAGAGGCCAUGGAGUACACUUAUCGAACGAAGCAACUCGAUUCUAUCUCGUCAGAUCACUAUCCGUGGCAAUUGGAAGUUGAUAUAGAGGCGCACGAACAUGUGCUACUGAGGCGAAAGAUGAUCAGCAUUACUGAAACUAAGGAGUCUCGCAUCAAAUUCCAAGAGUUAAUCGAAGCAAAUCUUCCAGUAAUUGUGCCAACCACUGAUGCGGAAGCAGAUUCAUACGUCGAUAACUUGGAAAAUGUACUCACUGCGGCAUUAGAUGAGAUGGCGCCGCUACGAGAGUCAACACGACGGGAGGAAUUGCCAAUAAACAUCCAAUACCUGAUACAACAUCGCAACCGAAGCAAACUAAAGCAAAAAAUGCACCAAGAGGACAUAUUCUCCGUCGGAUAUACAACGCUGCAAAUUUAACUGAAGAAGAAACAAUCAAUACUCUGGUUGACACGGCAAUAGUAAAAGAAGCAAAUGUGGAUGACACUCAUAAAAAUUCUGAGUCCUUCACCCCAUACCAACCGCUGGCCGAGACCGACGUAGACGAGGUAAUACAAGCUCUUCGCCUCUUCAAGAACAAGAAAGCGCCAGGCCCCGAUCAACUAAGGGCUGACGCAAUAAAACUUGCUGGCAUAUUAUACCGCACUGACAAACACAAUAAACUACACUCUACGCACAGGAUAUUAUCCAAGCCGCUGGAAGCUGGGAGACUGUAUCUUCUUACACAAACCAGGCAAAUCACAUACCGAAGCUGCCUCGUAUCGUCCCAUUAUGUUACUUAACAUUAUGGGUAACCUGUGCGAACGAGUUAUGUAUAGCAGACUUCUCUCAGAAGUGAACCGUUUGCAUCUUAUCCCAGAAUACCAGCACGGUUUUACAAAAAAUAAAGGGACUGGUACCCAAAUUUUACGAACUGGUAAGGUUAUCACAGACGCUUUGGCAGAGGGCAACAGUGUAGCGAUGAUUUCUACUGAUCUCAGUAAAGCUUUAGAUUCCAUAAAUCACGCAGGGCUAAGCAAGAAACUGUUUAACGCUGGAAUGGCAAAUAAUGUGAUUAAGUUAAUAGAGAAUUACCUAAAAAAUCGGGAGGCUCGUGGUAAGUACCGAACAAUGUAUGGAAAAAGGCAGCCAGUUCCGCACGGGGUACCACAGGGCCCAAUUUUGGGGCCGAUCCAGGUGCCAGGGCGCUAGAGUGACGGUAGCGCGCAGCGCAGCCUCAACCCCCUUAGGUCACCCCGUGACCAUCACCGAAGGAGACUGCCUCCUCAUAGGGGC